CUGAAACCACUUUGAACAAAGUCAGUGCACCCAAGACACACUGUCAAAAUCAAGCACAGCUAACAAGAAGCCUCGGUUUGUCGCUGGCGCUGGUUGCUUUGUGCCGCCAUUAGCUUCAGUUAACAUUUAUUCUUUAUCGUCGUGUCGUUACUGCAUCUAAUUGCGCGCACAAUGGCUGACCCUAAAUACGCCAAUUUGCCAGGAAUUGCCUUUAACGAACCGGAUGUGUACGAGACAGGUGACCUCCCCGAAGAUGACCAAGCCCAGUUUGAGUCGGAGGAGCUGUGCAGUGACAGCGUGGAGAGGAUCGUGGUCAACCCUAACGCGGCUUAUGACAAAUUCAAAGACAAGCAUGUCAGCACCAAGGGACUGGACUUCUCAGACAGAAUCAGUAAAAGCAGAAGAGUGGGCUAUGAGUCUGGAACAUUUGAAAUUCUAGGAGAGGGCUGUGGUGUCAAGGAGACUCCCCAACAGAAGUACCAGCGUUUAGUAAACGAGAUCCAGGAACUCUGUCAACAAGUGGACACAAUCCAGACUGCCACAAAAGAAAGCAAUGCAGAGGAGCGCCUGACCCCUGUGGUCCUUGCCCAGCACGCGGCCCAGCUCAAACAGCAGCUGGUCUCUGCUCACCUGGAUUCACUGCUUGGACCCCAAGCGCACAUCAACCUGUCUGAUCCAGAUGGAGCACUGGCCAGGCGUCUGCUUACACAGCUGGAGGCGGCAAAGAGCAGCCGCAGCUGCUCCGCGGGAGACAGCAAGAUGCCGCCAUCAGCUAAGGGCCCUGAUGGUGUGGUUCUGUACGAGCUGCACAGCAGACCCGAACAGGAGAAGUUUAACGAGUCUGCCAAGAUGGCAGAAUUGGAAAAGCAUCUUGCAGAGCUGGAGGCGGUGGUUGGCUCAGGAUCUGACAAGCAGGGACCUCUGAGUGCUGGUAUGCAAGGAGCCAGUUUGAUGGAUACAUUAGAACUUCUGCAAGCGAGAGUCAGUGCACUGGACUCAGCUACUUUGGAUCAAGUGGAAGCCAGGCUGCAGAGCGUCCUCGGAAAGAUGAACGAGAUUGCCAAACACAAAACUGCCAUUGAAGAUGCUGAGACACAAAACAAGCUGUCGCAGCUUUAUGACGCCGUGCAGAAGUGGGAGACCAUGUCCACCUCUGUGCCUCAGGUGGUCCAUAGGCUCGUUGCUGUCAAGGAGCUGCAUGAACAAGCCAUGCAGUUUGGCCAGCUGCUGACACAUCUAGACACGACUCAGCAGACAAUCAACAACUCUGUGAAGGACAACAACACCCUGCUGACUCAGGUCCAGCAGACCAUGAAGGACAACCUGGUGGCCAUUGAAGAGAACUUUGCCGCACUGAAUGAGAGGAUGAAAAAAGUGUCCGUGUAAAAAAGGUGGACAGGACAAAUAAAGAGAAAAGUAAGCUGGACAGUCACAGACUGACUUCUUUUCUGCUUUUUUCACUAAGAAUAAAACCAUUUUCCUUUUAAUUCUACAAAAGUUUAAACCAAUUGUAAUACGUUCCCUCUGGAUUUAUACUUUAGUCUUAUUAUUAAUAAGCUUCCUGCAAUGUUGGAUGGAUUAUGUAAGGCUGAAAAUAGGAUGAUAAAUGUAAAUAUAACUUUACCUUAUGUUUGCUUUCGCUCACUCACUUGUAUUUAUAUUAUGUAGAAAAUCAACCUGCUUCAUCAUUGCCUACACCUCAACUGCAAGAUGAUCAAUAAAUCUGAUUAACUCAA